AUGGCGGGUGAGAGCGCGUCGCCAUCGUCGCGGGUGACCGCCACAAGUACGUUGCCCGCGAGGCCUACCUGUCUCGCACCGAUCGGUUCGGACGUUUGGCCCUUUGCGGGCGGUGUGGGGUCCAGCGCGGGUUCGGUUGAGCUUGAGGGCGGCGCCGAGUCCUCGGCCUCGGCCGUACUUGCUGAAUCCUCGCCGCGAGCGACCCCGCCACGGUGGCGCGUUAUCUACCGCGCGGCCGUGGACGAUGUGCAGAUGCUCGUUUCGCGCUCCACACCCGAGGACUCCUCGGCCUCUGUGACUGUCCAGUCCAUCUUCGUUACCGACCACAACGGACUGCCCGUCCUGAACUCCAAGUUCGGCGCCGGACCCGCUCAGCGACCUGUGCUCGCCGCCCAAGUCUCCGCCGACAGCCUGAGCCUCGACUGCUCAGACUUCCGCCUCGAGCUCGAACUCGCCUCGCUUGAUCCUCUCGAGCCGCUCAUGGGUUUCUUCCCCGAGCAGCGCGCCCGUCUUCUCGCCAUCCUCCCCUUCCUCAAGAAAAACGCGCCCGCUCCGCCCACGCCCGCAAGCCCGGGCAGCCCGGGCUCGCUGGGCAGUCCCAGUUCGCUUGGUGCCGAGCCGGGCCGUGUGCAAUCGUUCAUUACCCUCGACACACACCUGCUCGACCAGCACAACCUUAUGUCCACGCUCAAGCUCGGUUCGGUCACGAGCGUCAUCUCGCAGCCGGCUGCCGCGCUUGCCGUCUGGCCGGUGUUCCCCGUCUUCCUCGACGCGGCGCCGGCGACUGCCCACCGGGCGACGGAUGCGGAUGCCUCGCCCUUGGAGGUCUUCCACGCGGCGCUUUACCGCGGGAAGUUUAGUGCCACGCCACGACCUGAGACGCCGCCCACGUCCACGCCCAGCCCGGCCGACAAGCCGCCGAGGCGCGUGGACCUGAAGCUCUCGGGCUUCGAGGUUUGG